AUGUUGGUGGCGAAUCUGUCUUCCUCAAGCUUCUGUUUCUUUCCCUCUCAUCGAUUUCAAACCCAGAAGGAGACCAGAAGCAACACUAGAGUUAAAAAAAAUGUGAUUUUGAACAGAGCGUCGUUGAGAACUGUGUCUCUCGAAGACAGAGAUCGUUCGACAUUUGAUCGAAGCUUAACGGAUUCGAAUAUUCGAUUACGGAGAUUCAUCGAAGCUGGUGAUCUAGUGAGCUCCGUGAAACUUCUUCGCGAAUCUGGAAAACGUGAUAUUGAUCCGAGAACUCUAUGCUCUGUUCUUCAGCUCUGUGCAGAUUCGAGAUCUCUUAAAGACGGUAAAGAAGUUGAUUCCUUUAUUCGUGGUAAUGGGUUUGUAAUAGAUUCGAAUUUAGGAUCGAAACUCGUUCUUAUGUACACAAAUUGUGGUGAUUUGAAAGAAGCGAGUCGAAUUUUCGAUCAAGUUAGGAUCGAGAAAGCUCUGUUCUGGAAUACAUUGAUGAAUGAGCUUGGGAAAUCUGGUGAUUUUAGUGGAAGUAUUAGAUUGUUCAAGAAAAUGAUGAGUUUUGGUAUCGAAAUGGAUCGGUAUACGUUUUCUUCCGUUUCGAAGAGCUUUUCGGGUUUGCGUAGUGUUUAUGGAGGUGAACAGCUUCAUGGUUAUGUUCUGAAAUCAGGUUUUGGUGAUUGCAACUCUGUGGCGAAUUCUUUAUUGGCGUUUUAUUUGAAGAAGGAAACAGUUGAGAGUGCGCGUAAGGUGUUUGAUGAAAUGACUGAACGAGAUGUUAUAUCUUGGAAUUCGAUGAUUAAUGGGUAUAUAUCGAACGGUUUAGCUGAGCAAGGACUAUCCGUGUUUGUGCGGAUGUUGUGUUCUGGAAUCGAGGUUGAUUUAGCUACCAUAGUUAGUGUUUUCGGAGGCUGUGCUGAUUCUAGGCUAAUUGCAUUAGGGAGAGCUGUCCAUUGUAUUGGACUGAAAGCUUGUUUAGGUAAGGCAGAUCGGUUUUGUAAUAAGUUGCUUGAUAUGUAUUCGAAAUGCGGUGAUCUAGACUCUGCUAAAGUAGUUUUUGAAGAGAUGAGGGAUCGAAGUGUUGUGUCUUACACUUCUAUGAUUGCUGGUUAUGCUAGGGAAGGUUUGGCUGGUGAAGCUGUGAAGCUAUUCGCGGAAAUGGAGGAAGAAGGUAUUAGCCCUGAUGUUUAUACCGUCACUGAGGUUUUAAGCUGUUGUGCCCGUAAUCGGUUAUUAGAAGAAGGUAAGCGUGUCCAUGAGUGGAUAAAGGAAAACGAUAUGGGAUUCGAUAUCUUUGUGUCGAAUGCUCUGAUGGAUAUGUAUGCGAAAUGCGGAAGCAUGCGAGAGGCGGAGUUAGUGUUCUCUGAGAUGCCUGUUGAAGAUAUUAUCUCGUGGAAUACCGUUAUUGGCGGGUACUCGAAAAACUGUUACGCUAAUGAAGCUCUAAGCCUGUUCUCUUUAAUGUUGGAAGAAAAGCGGUUUGAUCCUGAUGAGAGAACAGUGGCUUGUGUUCUUCCGGCUUGUGCAAGUCUUUCUGCCUUCGAUAAAGGCAGAGAGAUCCACGGUUACAUAAUGAGAAACAGGUAUUUCUCAGAUCGGCAUAUUGCUAAUUCGCUUGUAGACAUGUACGCGAAAUGUGGAGCGUUGUUACUCGCACGUUUGCUCUUUGAUGAAAUUGCUUCCAAAGAUCUUGUCUCUUGGACAGUGAUGAUAGCUGGAUAUGGGAUGCACGGGUUCGGAAAAGAAGCGAUCGCUCUUUUCAAUCAAAUGAGACAAGCGGAUAUCGAGCCUGACGAAAUCUCUUUUGUCUCUUUAUUGUAUGCUUGUAGUCAUUCAGGACUAGUAGAUGAAGGGUGGAGAUUCUUCAACAUCAUGAGACACGAAUGCAAGAUCGAGCCAACGCUAGAACAUUACGCUUGUAUAGUCGACAUGCUAGCAAGAACCGGAAACUUGUCAAAAGCCUAUCGGUUCAUCGAGAACAUGCCAAUUCCGCCAGAUGCUACAAUCUGGGGAGCUUUGCUCUGCGGAUGCAGGAUACAUCAUGAUGUUAACCUAGCUGAGAAAGUUGCAGAGAAAGUCUUCGAGCUCGAACCAGAAAACACAGGUUACUAUGUGCUAAUGGCGAAUAUCUACUCGGAAGCAGAGAAAUGGGAAGAAGUGAGGAAGCUAAGAGAGAGGAUAGGGAGACGCGGAUUGAGGAAGAAUCCGGGAUGUAGCUGGAUAGAGAUUAAGGGUAAAGUUAACAUCUUUGUAGCUGGAGACAGUUCAAACCCGGAGACCGAAAAGAUUGAAGCAUUUCUGAGGGGGGUAAGAGCUAGAAUGAGAGAAGAAGGGUAUUCGCCGCAGACUAAAUACGCGUUGAUCGAUGCGAAAGAGAUGGAAAAAGAAGAAGCUUUGUGUGGUCAUAGUGAGAAAUUAGCAAUGGCAUUGGGGAUUCUUAGCUCUGGACAUGGAAAGAUCAUAAGAGUUACUAAGAAUCUAAGAGUGUGUGGAGAUUGUCAUGAAAUGGCUAAGUUCAUGUCUAAGUUAACCAGAAGAGAGAUUGUCCUUAGAGAUUCAAACCGGUUUCAUCAGUUCAAGGAUGGGCAUUGUUCUUGCAGAGGUUUCUGGUGA